UCCAUCGGAAUUCACAGGCGGCUCCAGCAGAUCAUUUACACGAGCAGCAGCAAAUCCAUCCAUGGGGGCGGGAAUGAAGCGCGCUAGGGAGCAGGAGGUACUGUCGCUCGCGCUGUCGCUGAGCACGGACUCGACGUCGUCGUCUUCCACGACGCCGGCCGACUCGGCCAGUGCGCCGGCCAUGAAAAGGACGCGGCGGGGAAGAGUGGUGGCGACGUCGGGAGAAGGGGAGUUCGUGUGCAGGACGUGCGGCCGCGCCUUCACGACGUUCCAGGCGCUCGGGGGCCACCGGACCAGCCACCUCCGGGGGCGCCACGGGCUGGAGCUCGGCGUCGGUGUCGCCAGGGCCAUCAAGAAGCGGAAGCGGCAGGAGGACAAGCAGCAGCACGAUUGCCACAUCCGUGGGCUGGGCUUCGAGACGGGCCAGGCGCUCGGCGGCCACAUGCGUCGGCUCCGCGAGGAUAUGGCGCUCAGCGGCGCCAUCCACCGGUGGGUCGCUCUGUCGGAUCAGGAGGCGACGCACCAGGCCGCCUCCGACCGGCCGCCGGUCUUGCUCCAGCUAUUCGUGUAGACUCUUUAGAAUCAGAUAGGAUCAGUGUUCGAUCUUGUACAGACUGCAUUUUUGGUGUUUAGCGUUUCUGUUCUUGCUGGAUAAUCUGCUUUGGAUCGGUCCUUUUUUUAACCGAUUGAAUGGAGAUUUACAUGCACAGAUGCACUUGUAUUAUUGUAUACAUAUAAGCAAGACAAAUUCAUUUGUUCUAAAUGCAAUUGAUAGAAUUUUGCACUCA